AUGUGGGGGAUUGGAUCAUUUGGAAGUUUAGGAAGAAGGUGGCUGAACCCAAAUAGUUGGGAAGAAGGCGAAGGAGAAGAAAAUGAAGAAUAUACUCGUAUACUUAUGUAUAAUAUAGCUGUGAGGUAAUAGCUACCUAAUUAACAUAUUAUACCUAGAUAAUUUAUAUUAAAUAUAUUCAUUUUUUUGUUAAUUUGUUAAAAGUAACUUUGUAAUAGUAAUCCCCUAUAUUAUUGUUUGCUAAUAUUUUUAUAUGUGUAUAUAGGUAAUAUAAAUAAAUUUUAUAUUAAAAGGAAAUUCACAAUAUUAAAAUCUGUACCUAUUAAUAAUACCUAAUAUUUCGAUAAUUACUAUUUUGUUAUCGGUAUAUUUUUGUUAACACGUACAAACGAUCGGGAGUACGUAAAAAGCCGAAAAUAAAUCAGCUGAACAGUAUUUUGGCCCAACCGUAUCUAAGCCGAAAAAUAUUAUAGUCGGUUGUAAUAAAGAGAUAAGGUAUUAAGGUAUUAAGAUCAAAUCUUCCAAAAAACGAUAACGCGUGAUAAUAAAUAAAUAUAAAGAAAAGAAAUUCCGAACAUAUUAUUUUAAAAUGAAAAACGAGUUAAGCAGCUGAUGUCCCAAGUAACCCACUUCCAUGUUAUUUAAAUUUUAAUCAAUGAAUUUAAUUGGAAAGUAUAUUGGUUUAGUUUUGACAAUAAAUCCAACAUGUGCACCGAAGUGGAUGUUUACACUUGAAUAAUUUAAAUGGCUACAAAUGGUUUAAAUUCAAAAUAAAAAUAUUUUAAAACUUAAAUAGGUAAAUAAUGUAUAUUUUUUUCAUAGAAAAUAUUCAAAAUUUUGUCGUAUUAUUAUUUUUUGUUUGUUCAAAACUGUGUCGAAAUUAUAACUCAAAAUUUGCACGUUCUUUCAAUUUUCCAAUUUUUGUUCAAAAUAUCGAAGUUCAAAUUUCAAAGUUUUCUAAUUCAACCUUUUCUGAUUAAAAACAAUGAUACAAAUUUACAAGUUGAUAAUUAGUCGGGUUUCGGGCGUUUCGGCUAAUAUACAUACCGUUAUUUUAUUUUCGGCUUGCUUAAAUAUUUUCUAAUCAUUUUAUGUUCGGCUUAAAUACAGUCGGUUAAAAUACGGUUGGGCUGUUUUAUAGCCCCCUCCCCUCCAAACGAUUACACAUGCAAAUAAUUGUUCAUUUUGUAAUUGAAACAGUAAGCAAAUCAAUUAUAAACACGUAAACCAAAGUAAACAUUUUGUAAGCGUUCAAAGUGAACGCACAUAGAAGCUAGAGAUUUAAGAGUUUGGGGUUUAAGGUUAAUUAAUUAGAAUAUCAGAUGACAGAUACAAUAUGAUUAAUUAAAUAUUGAUAACAUAGGAUUUUAAAUUGUUUAUAAGUGAUAACAGUUUAAAUAAUCGUUAUUGUUACAAAAAUAUUAAAUAAUAAAUAAAUAUAAAAAUAUUAUUAUCAGUUCUCAGUCGUCAUUCGUCGAGGUCAAGACUCUAAUGAUCAAUUUAUUAUAUUUUAACAAAUUAAAAUUAAUAAGCUUAAAGUUGUGUGCAGUCUUUGAAAAUCAUUUUGUUUUUCAUUAAGUUUAAACACUAUGUAUAUUAUAUUUUUUAUAUCUAUACAUAAUUGAAGAAUACAUUAGUAUACAUAUUUGUCACUUAAUAAAUAACGAAAGGUAAUUAGACAAAAAGUUAUAAUUUAGGAAAAACCGAUGCUAGUGUUACAUACAUAUCUUAAUCUAAAUGUAUAAACAUUUAUAUAGAUUUAGUUAUUUAUUAUUUUUUAAAAUUAAAUUCACAAUAAAAAAUUAGGUUUUCACAAAUUAUUUACCUACACCAAUAGUUAAAAAAUUUAAUUGUCUUGUAUAGUUUUUUUUUUAAUGUUUGUGCAUAAAUACCUCCUCAUAAUUAUUAUUUUAUAAGGUAUACCUAUAUGUCUUUAUACUAUAUACCUAUUUCAGUGGGCUGUUCUAUCUAAAAUGUUUCUACCAUUUUUUUUUUUUUUGGUAUUCAAUUUCCAUUAGUUUAAAAAUCUAUCAAGCUGUAGAACUCUAAACAAAUAUACUGAUUACAGAUACUGAUUUUCAGAGCAAUAACUAUUAAUUUAAAUUUAUUACUUCAGUAUAUCUUUGUAGUUAUCUACUAAUUAUUUGUAAUAAUACUUUGUUUUGACUAUAAAAAUAAAAUAGAUAAUGAUGGUUAAUCAUAGGUAGGUGCUAAUUUGGAUUGAUUAAUUAAUUUAUAAUUAAACUAUUCUAUUAAUAGGUACUCAUUGUGAUAUUAUUUUAUGAAUAUUUUUCAGAAUAUGGAUGAGUUAACCCAAAUUUAUCAAAUGAUACAAAGUAAUAUUAUCAAGGGCAAUAUAAAAGGAGCAUUUGAUACUUUUAAUAUUCAUUACAACAAUUUAAAGGAUAUAAAAGGAUUUCAAAAUUGCAUAGUUGGUGUAUUUUGUACUUUGGCACAAAAAUUACAAUCUCAAUUAAAUAAUCAAAAAACAAAAUCUGAAAAUAAUGCUAAUUUUAUCAUUCAGUUUGCUGAACAUUGUCUUAAAUUGAUGGCUUUAUCUGAAUUGCAAUCAUUCGGAAAUAGUUUAUAUGUAUUUAUCAGAUAUUUACUUUUGAAUAAUCACGUGAGUAAAGCUGUUAAUUUCAGUAAUUAUCUUUUAAGAAAAUCAUCUCCUAUUUGUGUUAUUCUAAAGGAUUUAAUUCCAUUAUUUGCACAUUACAUACAUAAGACAUGUCCAAUUGAUGACAGUUUAAAGAAGUUAAAUGUUAUACUGGUGUGGGAUGAGGUAUUAAACUUAGUAAAAUGUUUUACUGAAAAAGAAAUUGAAUAUGUAUUAUGUUCAUUAAAAUUGAUUAUAAAAAAUAUCAAUGGAUCAAUAUUACAUGAGGAUCAAUCUAUGGAUUUAGUUAUUUUGGAUAUGACUUUGAAAUCUGUGUUGUCUUCUAGUGUUUUUAGAAAAAAAUGUAAUAUUGCAAAUAAAACACAUUUAUAUUCCAUGUUAAUUGACAGUAUUGCAGCAGUUAUGCAAAACAUGAUGCAACACAAACAAAUGCAUGUUCAUUUUUUAAUCCAGCAUCUUGAAUUAAUAAUGGAUAAAUGUGUUUUGAAUAAUAAUGACAAAGAAGCGUUUUCAUUUUUCAUAAUAUUAUUCAAGUUUAUUGACAUUUCAGUUAAAAAUGAUCUUAAUUUAAAUUUAGAACUUACAAAAAUGAUUAAUUUUGUUCAAUUGUAUGAAUGUAUCCCUGUAUUACCAAAUACAAUAUUAUAUUAUGUGUUCAAGACUGCCAUUGAUACCAUUAUAAAAUUAAAAUAUGAAUGGUUUGAAAAAUUGAUCAUUCACUCUUCUAAUACAGUUUUACUACUAUUUAAACUAUUACAGUGUUUAGUUAGUUUAAGUAAACACAAUCGAAUUGAUAAGUUAUGCUGUAAAAAUAGUAAUUGUGAUCUCAAUGAGGAUUCAAUAUCAGAAAUUAAUUUGAUUAAUGUUGCAUUUAAUAUAACACGAUACAUAAUAACUAUAAAUGAUACAUUUUUAAAUACAGAUGAUCUCUUAAAGUGGAUGGAAUUGUUUAUUUCACUAUUCGAUCGAAUAAAUAAAUCAAAUUGUGCAAAUAAAAUUCUGUUUUUUGAAUUUUCAUUAACAAGUAUUUAUAAUCUCUGUACUUGUAAAACUUCUGACAAGUUAAUGUAUAUAAAUUUAAAUUUUCUUGAAAAUGUUUUAUUAAUACUUGAGCCUAAUGGUAUUGAUCCAGAUUGUGUGGCUCGUGUAGCAGUUAUCCUAUCUCAGUAUUUGUACAAAACAAACCAAACUAAUGAAGCUUUAAGUUGUAUUGCAUAUUGGUGUGUAUGUACUCGUUCUAAAUUAGCUGCUAAGCAAUGGGUUUAUCUUAAAUGCAAGGAAGAAAUUAAUUUACGUCCUAUUAAACAUACAAUUUUGAAAAUGAUUGAAAAUAAUUAUAAAUCUAAAAAACAAUGGUCAGAAUACACUUUAAAAAAGUCAGACCGUAUUGAAAUAAUGUGGUUAGAAUUAAAAGCACAUAAUAAUCAAAAUAAAAUAAAACAAGACAUUUCUGCUGUAUUAGAAUUAUUUGCUGAAUUAAUUGGCUGUAAAUUACCAAGAGAAUUAAAGUGUCAAGUCAUUAUUACAACCUCAUACAUAAUACUUCAUUCAAAUAGUACAGAUGGUUUAAAAACUGUUACUGGUGUAUUGGAUGACUACAUUCGUAAACUAGAAGUAGAAACAUUACUGGAAAAAAAAAAUAUGGCAUUGAUGUUAGGUAAUUUAUAUUAUGCACAUUUUAUAUGUUUAUUUAAACAUUUACAGAACCUUGUUUGUAAAGAAUUGGAUUCAUACUCAGAAGAACGGUUGGAAAGUGAUUUAGAGAAAUAUAAUGGUAUACAGUAUGAGCCAAUGUCUUGGAUAUUGCCAUUAAAAAUUAAACCAAAGCUUUUCAAUUGUUUGAAUUCGGCUGUUCAGAAUUGGUCUGUUUCAAUAAAUGAUUCAAUUAAAGAUGAAUAUAACAUUAAAAUACUGUACAGAAGUCUCCAAGAAGUUGCUUUUAUAUUUAAACUACAUUGUGAUCCAAAAGAAGUGGACGUUUGGAAACUAUUGUAUAAAUUAGCUUCAAUCAAUAUGUGUCACAAACAUAUUUUUAUAGCACUUUCUGAAUUAGUAAAAAUUGGUGAAGCAGAUGUUUUAGAAUUGGAAAAUAUAAUUAACUACUUACCUGAAAUGGCUAUUGAUUAUAAAUUGAUGUUAGCUACUUCUCUCUUAAACAAAUCAAAAUUUAAUGAUGUAAAAAUUUUGUUAGAGAAUAUUGAUGACAGAGAAGUAAACAAAAAUAUUUUAUUAAUGAUUGAAUAUUCUUAUGUGAAAAGUCGUUUAUGUUUUGAAUCAGGAAUAUUUGACAAUAAUAUAUGUCUCUGUACAUGUAUUGAAGCUUACAAUCUUGCACAGGGUCUUAUUAAAAGACUUGAUUCUUUCUAUGAAUAUUUAGCUAUUCAUUUUGUAAUAUUAAAUAUAUGUUUCUAUUUGAAUUUGAUUUGUAUAAAUUCUUUCAAACCAAUUGAAGCUCGCUGUUUCUUAAAAGUUCAAAUGAAUAUUGUAUUGAAGUUUGUUUUAAGUAAAAGAGCAUUAAAUGUGUUUUUAAUGAAUUGUUGGAAUGAAUUAAUGUGUUGCAAUUUUGAAAACGCUAAUCAGCAAUUUGAACAUGUCAUGACUUUACUUGAUUUUAAAGAAGAUGAUUUAAAGAUUCAAAAAUUAACUAUAAACAGUCCUCCAAAUAUUUCGGACUCUCCAUUAUCAGAUUAUCGAUGCAUAACAAAUCCAAGAAUGAACAGAAUGGCAUCUCCUUUCUUAAAACGGGUAAAUAAUGGAAAUACACAAAUUACUAUUGCUGAAUUUUGUAAUGGUAUAAUAACUAGUAAACAAACACAUGAUCCAAUCAUAAUACAUUCAGUGAUGGAUGCAUGCACUUUUAAAGCAGUUUACUGUUCCAAAACCAAUCAACAAAAUAUAGCUGAAAAUUAUUUUAAAUUGGUAUUUAAAUUAAUGAAAUUGUCUUUACCACAGUUUAAUAAGAAUGAAGUAUAUAAUAUUUUAAGAACUAGACUACAUUCUUUAGCUAAAUACCACUAUACAGAACACUUGGUUCUUUUCAACAACUUAUCAGAAUCUUUAGAUUACAUACAAAAGUCUAAAAAAUCAUGCCAUGAUAAAUCAGUAUUAUUAUCCUUGAGUGAAUUGAAUAUUUCACUUAAAGUUGAUAAAAUAAUAAAACUGGAAAAUAAAACAUUUUAA